AUCUGCGCUUCCUGUGGGCGGGUCUAGAGCGCAGCAGCAGUUAGAGAGAAGAGUCGGGCUGUAGUAGAGCUGCAGUGUAAAUAAAGUGAAUUCUGGACCCGGAUUCAGCCUGUUAAAGGCCGGCCUGCGGAGGAAGCAGUUUGAGAAGGGUGGAGAGGGCGCAGCAGCAGUACAGACAUGGCUGCCAAUAAGGCCAAGGGUCAGAGCUCUCUGGUCCUGCACAAGGUCAUCAUGGUGGGCAGUGGAGGCGUGGGAAAGUCAGCCCUCACGCUGCAGUUCAUGUAUGAUGAGUUUGUAGAAGAUUACGAACCCACCAAAGCCGACAGCUACAGGAAGAAGGUGGUUCUGGACGGAGAUGAGGUUCAGAUCGAUAUCCUGGACACGGCGGGGCAGGAGGACUACGCUGCCAUCAGGGAUAACUACUUCCGCAGUGGAGAGGGCUUUCUGCUGGUGUUCUCCAUCACUGAGCAGGAGUCGUUCAGCGCCACGUCCGAGUUCAGGCAGCAGAUUCUGCGUGUGAAGUCGGAGGAGGAUAAGAUUCCCCUGUUGUUGGUUGGGAACAAGUCUGAUUUGGAGGACAGGAGACAGGUGACGGUGGCUGGAGCCCGGGAAAAAGCAGAUGAGUGGGGGGUACAGUAUGUGGAAACGUCGGCUAAAACACGCGCAAAUGUGGAUAAGGUGUUCUUUGACUUAAUGAGGGAGGUGCGGGCUAAAAAGAUGGCUGAGAACAAGGACAAGAAUGGAAAAAGUGGGAAGAAGAAGAAAAGCCUGAAAGAACGCUGCACGCUGCUCUGAGCCACUGGAUAGAGCCGGUUCUGAUGGACACGGAAAACCUGAAAACUAAAAAUUCAUGAAAACUGUGAACCGACUGUGGACGGAUGCCUUCUGUGCUGAGUUCAGCAUGUGACCGGCAUCUCUUAAACAGUUCAGGAAUUUCUCAAGUGCUUUUGAUACUUUAUCCAUGUUUCUAUUUCUGUUAUCAAACAGGUGCCAUAGAGAAAAUCUGAGAAAACUAUCAGCACAGAACGCUAGUAACAUUAGCAUCAUCAUCAUCAUCAUCAUCAUCAUCAUCAUCAUCAUCAUCAUCAGCAGCAGCAGCAGCUUUUAACUGAGAGGGGUUAUACUGCAGUAUCCUAAUCACUUUAGGAUUUGAUGUGGAUGAAUGUUUCCUCUGCUAGGCUAUACACAAAGGCUUUUACACAGGGGGAACAAAAAAAAAGACUUCUUCAUGCUGCAAUGAUUUUCCUUCAGAACUCUCUAGUGUAUCAGCAGUGCUUUAGUAUUUACCAUCACUGCAUACAUUUAUUUCUAUCACUUAUACUCUGUUGGAGCACUCACUCCAUACCGUCACCAUUAAGAUAAAUUCUAUAUUUUAUACAUGAGCCAUAUAUGGUUUAGUCAUAUUAUAUAUAUAUUAAUUAAAUGUAAAUUCCUGUGGUUUGAUUAGAUAGCACCUUUAGAAAGAAAAAACAAUCACUUGAUCUUACAAAUGAUCCAUAUAUUUGUAGACCUGUUCAAUCAGUGGUUUUGACUGAAAUCAAGGGCAUUAACUGGGAAAGUGUUCUUAAUUUUUUGCUAGGGGUGCAUUGCAUGAUUUUGGCAGUUUUUCACAGAUUUUCAUUCAUUUUGCCCAUUUUUAACCAUUACAUAAAUUAAAUACCUUACACCUAAAUUUAUCUUGCCUUUUAAAGGAAAAGCAAUUACAAAACUACAGUUUAAAAUAUUAAUUGAAUACUGGCUAUUUUUAACGAGGCAUACAAUAAUGAAAGAUAUGAAAAGAUUAGUCAUUGUUUAUUUUGAUCUUUUUACUUAUUUGGCUUUUUGUACAAUUUCUAUAGGAUGAUUUCAGUUGUAAAUCUAUUCUCUGCAUUCCUACUUUGUGCAGUCACAGCUUCUUACUUUCUUGGAUGGCAUGAUACUAUAUUUUGAACAUUGCUGUGAGGAUUUGGUUGAUUUGCCAGGAAGCAUUUGGGCAUGUUGUGAAGUUAGGGUGGGUAGGGUACUCAAACACUAGGAUCCUUUCUGCAAAGUUUCUCAGUGAUGUUGAUGACAUAUUGUUGAGGUCAAAGCCAGUCCAGUAGUAGUUUAUUCACAGAAGUUGACUAUGCAAGUCAAACAGGUGUACUGCUUUUAGAUAAAUCAUAUAAUGGAGCCCCUAUUUUUGUAAGUGAACCACUUUUUUAUGAAUAUCUGUUGUUGACAGACCAAAUAAAACUGUUUAUAUCUAUGA